CUCGCUCAGUAGUUGUCCAAUUUUCCAUUGAACUUCAUCCGCUGUGCGCAGUUUGGCAUUCGUUUUCCCCCCUUAUGGAUCGGCGAAUCGAUACCGCAUCCAUGUUCCAUAAUACGGUGCUCGGGGUCGAAACGAGGCUCUGAUGUAACGUAACCCUCUCGUUCGUUACGUGGUGGUCGUGCAGAGAUCGAACGGUUCGACGGACUCCCUCAGUGAGGCGACGGGUUCCUCCCGUGAGUGAAUGAGACCGACAACUUCAACGUUGGGGUUCGUGCCAGAGGCAGCACUUGAAUACCGCCAUGCAGCCUCCACCGAGAAAGGGAAACUAUGCCAAGUUCUUAAAAAACCUCCACUCGGAGCAGAUCAACAAGCUACUUAUGAAAAACCAGCACGAGUGUGACCUUUUAGAAGACAUACGAACUUUCACGAUUAAAAGAUCCGCCAUUGAAAAAUCAUACUCUGAGGCAUUACUUAAAAUCUCGUCGGCUUACCUUAACAAGAAAAUCCCAAAUAUACCAGACAUUAAGUUGGACGGUGGAGAGGAAAAAUGGAACAUGUGGAGUGUCUGGAGGACGGUUUUAGAAGAAAACGAGAAACUGGCCAGGGCGAGACUGGCAGCGGUGGAAGUUUUUCAGCAACAAAUCGCUGACGACGCGAAAAUACUUAGGGCACAUAAACUGCAAAUGGCGAAAAAGGUAUGCGAUCAGCUUGCUUUGGUACAAAAAGAACUCCAAGCGUGCGUCCAAGACGUGGACAAAACCAAAAAAUUAUACUUUGACGAAGAACACACGGCCCACGAUGUACGCGAUAAAGCGCGAGAUAUCGAGGAAAAGCUAAAGAAAAAGAAGGGCUCGUUCUUCCAGUCGAUCACUUCACUGCAGAAAAACAGCCAGAAAUUCUCGACGAAACGGGAUCAAUUGGAAGAGAAAUCUACGGGUGCCAGAAACGAUUAUCUGUUAUGUCUUGCGGCAGCCAACGCUCACCAAACUAGGUAUUUUCUCAUCGAUUUACAGCUGGGCAUGACCUCCAUGGAAAGUGGAGUUUACGAUAAAGUGGCCGAAUAUUUAACACUAAUGGGUAGAACUGAACUUCUUACAUGCAAAGCAAUGGAGAACUCCUUCACCACAAUCCGUGAUCAAGCUAAACAAUUAACAAGAGAAUACAAUUUACAGUGCUGCUACCUAUAUUAUCCUGUCUUAAAACAGCAUAUUCAUUAUGACUUUGAGCCUUGCGACAAUGACCCAAUAGACCACAUAACGGCGGAUCACGAGUCUGCCGCAGGAACUUUAAGUAAAGAAGCACGCAGAUGGGCCACGAAGAUCGCGAGAGAAAACAAUAAUAUCAAAGAAAAUGUCAGGAAGUUGCAGCUUUAUAAUGCUUUAAGAGAAUCGGGGCAGAAGACUGAUCCAAACGAUCCGAACGGUCCAGAUUUGGAAACGAAAAUGGAGGAAGCAAAACAGAACCUUCGCAGAGCGGAAACUGCCAAAGCGAAAGCUGAAGCCAGGAUUGAGUAUUUGAGAAAAGGCGGCGUUAAUGUGGACGAAUGGUUACAAGAAGCUGAAUCGCUUAAUGUACAAGACAUUCAACGAUCCGCCAGCUCUUUAUCAGAUCAUCCCAGUUCAGACUCUUUUUACGACAGCGACUUCGCCGAUGGGGAGCAAGUGACCGCCCCCAUGGAAUCCAUGCAGAAAGACCGUGAAAUCGAAGAGAUCCCUGAGGAUCAGUCCGAAACUCAGGAAGUUGACGAUGUGCUAGAGCAAGAAAGGCAAAGAAUAGAACAACUGACGGCCGGAUGGGAUGACCCCACCCAAGUAGACUGGGGCGCUGAAGCUGAAGCAAUGGAGACCGCUGCUGACAAUUAUGUUACUGACUCAGCACCUUCCAGUGGGCCUCUUUUGAAAUGUACAGCUCUAUAUUCAUAUACGGCUCAAAACCCGGACGAAUUGACGAUAGUGGAAAACGAGCAACUAGAAGUGGUAGGAGAAGGCGACGGGGACGGAUGGUUACGGGCAAGAAACUAUCGCGGCGAAGAGGGUUACGUUCCUCACAACUACCUGGAUAUCGAACGGGAACAAACUGCCACGACUCCCGGUUUGCAGGCCCAAAUUUCCUUUUCCUCGGUUGAUUAUACCAUCGAUAAUGAGGAAGAGAAUCAACCUCCGACGGAAACGACCCAGUCACCGGAACAGGUUUCAGUCAUUUCCAUGCCUAUUCAAAAAACUACUAGCGGAAGUGACGCUCCUACUUCCUACUGUAUAGCAUUAUACGAUUAUGACGGAGAGGGAGGCGAAGAGCUGACAUUCGAAGAGGGACAAAUCAUUAAAGUGUUGAGUAAAUGCGCUCAUAGCAUAGACGAUGGCUGGUGGCAAGGAGAAUUGGAAGGUCGGAUAGGAAACUUUCCCUCGCUAGUAGUUGAGGAGUGCGACGAAUUUGGGGAACCGCUGACGAACCAAUGGGACGAGACGCCGCCACCGUCCGCUCCUCCGGUGUUUACACCUCCCGAUAUUCCAAAUUUUCUAAAGGAGCCGGCUGAUGAUGAGUUUGAGGUUGAGUCGUCGUCGUUCCACCCCCAGCAGCCGGCUCCCGUCCUAAACGUAGACGAUAUCGAGGAAGAAAAUGCCAACGGUAUGCCAGAAGACCGAGGGGCACCAGGGGUGGAAAACGACUCUAAGGGAGGAAGUUUCUCGAUGGUGCUGACUCGGGACCAACAGGACCAAUACGGUACUCAGUUUCAGGGCGAACCGGAGACAACUGUCCCGACGAUCGGAAUACCCUCCCUAGAAAUAAGCGAUGAGGAUGGUAACGAAGUCACCCAUCAACCGGAUACAAAGAACGACGAUGAUUUCGGACUUGGUGUGGCUCAAAUCGUCAUAACCGCCGCCACUCCCAUGAUGGAGGAACCGGAAAAAUCGUUUCCUCCCGUUGAAGAGGAGAACGAAGAAGAAGAUGCGGAGGAAAUCGUCGUUAAUCAUCAGGAUAACGUUAUCGAGGAGGAAACCGAAGAAGAUUUGGAAGCGGAAGAUGAGGAUUUUAAUAAGCAUCAAAGCAAUAAUGACAAGUCCGAAACACGGGGCAGCGGGGACAUUAAAAACCCUAAAGCUUUAAAAGAAAAAAAGUAUGACCCCGAUCCUAUAAUAGAAGACCCCGACGAGGAUGUCAGAAAAGAGCAUAUUUCGAGUAGAAAUUGUGAUAUAGAAGUAGAAGAGAUAGAGGAGCCGGAACCGGUUGCGGAUUCUGGUUCUGGACAGUUUGUUGUUAGCAGUAGUACAGGAAGCGACGGAGAAACGACGGGUCCUAGUACAGCGGAUAAUUCGGUGAGCCAAGCUCCGUUGCCCGUAGAUCCGGACGUUCCUAAGCAGAUUGUAGGUGGUAGAGCGAGUAUACCUGACGAAUUAGAGCCUCAUCAAUUGGCCAGGUUACAGGACCUUAAAGAGUCGAACGCCUAAGGAUAUUUAUUAGGUUAAAAUUAUAUUUUUUUCCUGAUUUGCCGAUUAUUUCCGUAUUGAAAGGGAUAGAGAAGCGACAAACUGCUUGAAGGCAACUAUAGAGUAAUAUUAAUUAAUUGUUGUUGUAACAACUUAGGAUAGCUAAUUGGCAUGUAAAGUAGGUAUUUCUUAUACAGUUUGAAUAUAUAUAUAUAUAUGAACCAGCGCAGUCAAUAUUAAAAUAUUUGAGAACUAUUAUGGAUACUUAGUUUCUAAUCAUGUACUUACUCAGACUGUAUAUUAAAUAUUCUAAUUAUAACGGCGCGAAAUAUGUUUGUACCUAUCUGAUUUGUUAUACCUAAUUCUACAAAGUGAUUUUAAUUAAUUAUUUGACAUUUUUUAAUAAAGCUUGUCAUCUGUAUUAAUAUA